AUGUCGAUGAUCAGGGCAUUUCGUGAACAAGAAGGGUCGCACGACGUGCCGUAUAAUCCUUGGAUUCCUGCUACCGUGAACGGAUUAGCUAUUUGCCUUUACAUUGUGCUACUAUCAGUCCUUGUCAUUUGGUCUAUCCGGGCGUUUUCAAAAAACAUGGCGCUUGUAUGUUGCUCCAUCACCCUUGUUGGAUACACACUGUUUGACCUCGGGGUUAUAUUUUACUACCCUCUUCACCUUGUGGCUAAAUGUAGCUUUUCAGAUUUCCAUGGAAUCAUGCGCAACUGCCGUGCUGAAUUCAACGAUGUCUUGAUGGUAAUUCGACGAGGGAGUACACCAAUUACGCUGACCAUACUGGGUGUUCUUCACGGCUUGGUAAUUGCCUUUUCAUUGGCAAGCACUAUUGCUAUUCUUAUGAAAAGGAAGAAGGUAAAAUAUGAAGUUAGCGGCCGCGGAAAUGGAUAUGCAGCCAGAAUUACAUCUGAAGAAAGUUACACAGAUUUAAUAAAUACAGAAUUAGAAUAGAAAUAUUUGCAAUCACAUUAGUGCAGUUAUUGGCUCACCGCUCAACAAGCAAACAAACCCGUAGACGAUCUGCAUUAAUAUGUAUCUCCACAAUUCACAUUAUUACCUGAUUAUACGGUCCAGUUUCCCUUUUAAAGUAUGCGGCAUCACGACAGUGUAGGAAUCGUUCUGUCUAGAUAAUAUAAUACACGUGCCGAACUCGAGUCGAAAGUAAGCAUUUGGCCAAAACAGUAGUGUCUAAUGAUUUAUGUACUCGGUUACGUUUUAAAAAAUCACGAGGUUUAGCCACCUCGCGACUAGCUCGCACAGGAUACUCUCUUACCAAAAGGCAUAACCUAAAAUAAUGCUGUGGUGAAAAUUUUCGUUAACCAAAAACCAUAUCAAAGCGGAUGCUGAGGUCCACAACGCCGCCUCGCUUCCCUGGAAAAAUUUAAGAUUUAAAAGAAAAUCCAAGAAAAAGGAUCAGAUCGUUGUUUGAAAACUAGUGUUUCUCUAAAUUCGUUCCAUGGCGUACGAUUGUUGUGUAGCACCAGGCUCGUCUCAGGCAAGAUUUUUAAGAGCUGGAUUCCGCACUACAGCAAUCAUUGGAUUGCUUAUAGGAAUCAUCACAGUCUUUUGGCAGAUUCGAUCCCACGCCGACAUGAGCCAAUUUGACCUUAACUGGAGUUUCGAACUUGAAAUCUGUUUUGGCAUAUAUGGUUUUUUUCUGGCUAGUACUAGCUACUAUCUUGGGGAAAUUCACGCCAGCUCUUGGGCGAAAUUUCAUAUCGUUGUCUCAGCUAUUGGAAUUGUCCUAGAUCUGGUUCUUUUCGGGCAUCAUGCAACUUCAGUAAUUAAAAUUGAUAGGCAUUUGGCAGGCGGUUAUUCCAACAUUGGCAACGAUCACUUCAUGAUUUCUAUUGCAACAAUUCAAGCAGCCAACAAUUCGUUUGCGAUAUUUCUUUGCCGGAAACUCCUUGGACAUAAAAAUGGAGUUUCCGAUUCGCACCCCUUACGGGAAACUACGCCAGAGCCUAACGAUGGCGAGGAAACGAGUACUUUGUUGCUAAAAAAACCGGAGCCGAAACAUUCUGCUAUCUAAUUGGUUUUCUUCGAACAUUUGCGUUGUGCACUGUAAGUAUCAAAAUCGCAUUAUUACGGCAGACAUUUGUGAAAAAUGUCUGUAUUUUUUUACGGGAUGAAAUAUCAAUACAAGAAAAUGUGAAUG